AUGCCCGCCCAUGCAUCACAAGACCGGCAGAGCCUUAGCUACAUCGCCCGCUCAGGCUUCGCGGGGGGCGUCGCUGGUUGUGUCGCGAAGACCGUCGUCGCGCCGCUUGACAGGGUCAAGAUCCUCUUCCAGGCCUCUAACCCCGACUUUCGGAAGUAUGCUGGAACCUGGAGUGGGACGUUUCGUGCCAUCUCGCAAAUAUACGGCGAGAACGGCUUCCGUGGCCUCCUGCAGGGACAUUCCGCAACACUCCUCCGCAUAUUCCCAUAUGCUGCCAUCAAGUUCAUGGCAUAUGACCAGAUUGAAGGCCUGCUAAUGCCUACACGAGAGAGCCAAACGAAUACACGUCGCUUCGCUGCGGGGGCUCUCUCCGGAAUGACCUCCGUACUCUUCACAUACCCCUUAGAGCUCAUUCGCGUUCGCAUGGCCUUUAGCACGCGCAACGCGGCGCGACCCUCCGAGCCAUACCACCGUCCAUCCUUCCUCUCCAGCAUGCGCCAAAUAUAUCGCGAAGGCGCCCCGCUCGCAAAUGCUUCCCCCUCUGCCUCAUCCUCCUCUCCCGCCCCCCACCCCUCGAUAUUCACCCGCUUCCCCAUCCUCAAGUUCUACCGCGGCUUCACCGUGACCAUCGCAGGCAUCAUCCCCUACGCCGGCACCUCCUUCCUCGCCUGGGGCUUCCUGCGCGCGCGCCUACUCCCCUACCCCAAAUCGAAGGGCGCAUCCACGCCAAUAGCCGACCUCUCCAUCGGCGCGGUCUCGGGCGCGCUCGCGCAGACCGUCUCGUACCCGUUCGAGGUCGUGCGCCGGCGCAUGCAGGUUGGUGGCGUCACACGACCGGACCGCUGGUUGCGCUGGGGCGAGACGGUGCGCGGGAUCUGGGGCGUCAGCGGCUGGCGCGGGUUCUACGUGGGCCUCACGAUCGGCUACCUGAAGGUGGUGCCCAUGACCGCGGUCAGCUAUGCGGUGUGGCAGUGGCAGCGGCGCAUACUGGGGCUGUGA